GCCCAGUCACGUGCACGCAACGCCCGCCCGCGUAACAGCAGCUGCGGACGGCGAGGCUCACCGACGGAAGGGAUGCUGCAUAUUUAUCGAGCACCAUCGGAAACAUCGUUCAUUGUCUCUCCCGUGCAAAAAUCCCAUCCCUCAAGUCCGCAUCGCUGUCUAUCCCGCUGUCUCUGAUCGCCCCCGGGAGCCAUGGCCGGAGGGGAUGGCCAGCCUGCUUUGCAGGUCAUUAUCCUGGGCUCUGGAGGCGGCCCUUUGGAGGAUAACACUACUGCAUUUCUUGUGCGGUCGACGGCCACUGGCUGGAAGAAAGGAUCAGUUUUGGCUGUAGAUGCCGGUGUCCACCUUGCAUCUAUUGUGAGAAUUCUCGAAAACCACCCAUCAGACUCCUCCCCAGACCAUGCCGACAAACCGGUUACCCUGAUUAAUGGACCCUUUGAAGGCCUGGAGAUCCCUCACUCUUUGGCCAAAUCCAACGCUGCGUAUAUUACUCGUACGCUUGUUGGGACCUAUCUCAUCACGCAUCCUCAUCUAGAUCAUAUAUCUGGUUUUGUUGUCAACACUGCCGCCUUGCAAGGUUCGCGCCCAAAGGUCUUGGCCGGCUUGCCAUCCACCAUUGAGGCUUUCAAAGACCACAUCUUCAAUAACGUCAUCUGGCCAAAUCUCUCCGACGAAAAUAAUGGAGCUGGGCUGGUGACUUACAGGAGAUUGGUCGAAGGCGGAUCUCCCGCACUCGGCCAAGGUGAUGACAAAGGGUAUAUUGAGAUCUGUGAAGGCCUCGGCGUCAAAACUUUGAGCGUCAGUCACGGCCACUGUAUAGAAAGACAUAGCCAUAGAGGCUCCAAUGUUGGCCUUGCAUCUUCACCCCCACCGUAUGGGUCUCCGCCUCAGACAAGACAACGCACCGGCUCACAGGUGCUGAACCCGCCACUCUUCGGACGCUCGCCGUCAGUCACAAAUAUUCCAAGCCUAGAUAUGCGUAUGGCUGAUGUUCAAGAGCGGAUCUGUGUUUAUGAUAGCUCAGCUUAUUUCAUCCGCGAUAUCGCUACUGGCAAGGAGGUUCUCAUAUUUGGAGACGUGGAGCCGGAUGCAAUUUCACUAUGGCCGCGCAAUAAGCAAGUCUGGAUCGAAGCAGCGCCAAAGAUUGCGUCGGGACGACUUGGUGGUAUACUCAUCGAAUGCUCCUUCGACGACUCCCAAACUGACGACAGACUAUACGGUCACCUGGCUCCGAGAUACUUGAUUGAAGAGCUAAAGGCGUUGGCGGACGAGGUCGAGCUUUAUAAAAAGGGCAAAGAGCAAGCGACGUCCAAGGAGCGAGCGACAUCCAAGAAAAGAAAGCGAUUGAGUGCGACAUUAGAAGAGGGAGCCCGGCAACAUUUACCACGAACGCGCUCAGGCCGAACUUCUUCACCUAGCCCACGAUCACGAACCCGGUCACAACUGACCGAGACCGCGGUCACUGAAGCCGGUGGAAGCGAGGCGCACACGGCGGAAGCAAAGAGUGUGACGGCGGGGGCGGAUUCGAGAUUUUCUCUUCGCGGCAAAAGCAAAUUCCCCUUGAAAGGUGUCAAGAUCGUCAUCAUCCACGUGAAGGACACUUUAGAUGAUGGCCCAGGGAUGGGAACUAAGAUACUGGAAGAGCUGACUCGAUAUGAAGAAGAGGAACAAAUAGGCUGUGAGUUUGUCAUCUCGAAGAUGGGCCAAGCGGUGUACUUGUAAAUCAGGGAAAGGGAUGGUAUGGAGUUUGCGCGUCUUUGAAAGGCUGCAUUGAGCAUGGAGUUGGCGUUUAACUGGUCAACCAUGGCGGGAGUGGCUUGGAUUCACGAAUAUAUGGUACGAGAGGUAUGCUACGGCUGGAAGGUAACAUUCGACAAUGGGCGGGCGUAAAUAGAGGUUCUUGAAGACAACUGCAUAUCUGCUAUGAAACAAAGCAGGCAUUGAUGAUUUGACAUGGUGCGGAAGUGCCCUAUCUCCAGCGAG